CGCGGGCAGUCACGAACAUCCACGAGACGUAAACAACGCGCGCGGGCGCGGGGAAUUAUGGGAUAUCUUCCCUCGGCGGCGCGGUGCCGCCAUGUCUCCUGAAGAUAAACGGCGGCUAGUCGUUUUCUCCGCUGUGGUGUUCUCUUUAUUCCUCCUUUUACUCGUUUUGAGCUAUAUACCAGCUUAUUUGUACAUACUUUUUAUCUGUGUCGUGUCUUGUGUCGUUUAUUUUCACAAAGCGGAGGAGCUGCAGCUCUUCGAGAGACUAGGCCUCAAUCCUCGCCGUGGACUGAGCGUCCCGCCGGCUCUGUUGCGCUGGUUACCGGGUAGGACUUUGAGCGGAGUCCCGGCCGCCAGCAGAAACAAGAUACGUAAAAGUGAUGCUAGAAAUUCCUUUGCAUCACCCAGCGAUAGACAUUUUGCAGGCUCGUAUUAUAGAAGAGACCACACGAUUAGUGACACGGUGUUCAGCCCCCGGGAUAUACUCAUGGGAAGUUACCUCGCCAAAACUGAAGAAAGCCCCUCCGCAGCCUUGAGGCCCGCUGGAGGCUCGGGGGCUUUCAUCCACCCCAGAGAUCAGCUCCGGGAGAGACUCGCCCGACCUAACCAUGCUGUGCACACCCCUAACAGAAGACUGUCAUUCGGGGAUCCUGUGGGCACUGCGAGUCGAUUCACCAUCACCCCCCAAAGACAUUACCCCCUUCAGCAGACUGGGACGUCUCCCAUUGGAGUGAUGCCACCUGCAAAAUGGGAUGGAUUCCAUAAGAAGAAUAUCCUCACCCAACGCAAUUCACCUACUGUUCACAGUCCAGUCACAGUGAAGAUCGCCAAACCAGACCCCACACGAUCAUCAUUCUUCAAUCACCUGAACUCCCCUGGAGCUGCCACAUCCCCAGGGAUUGGAGCCCAGACAGACCCCUGCUCCAGAGAGGCUGUUCUGAGUGUGCUCAGAGAGAGCAGAAAGAGAGAGGUUGAUGAAGAGGAGAAGAGUGCAUCCUCUGGGCAGAAGAGCAAAAGGAGGCGACAUGACAGCAGUGGAAGUUCUCAGUCAGCGUUUGAGCCGCUUCUUGCAAACGGAGCUCUGUCUCAGCUUGUGCCAAAACCUGGCAGUCUGAAGAGAGGGAUGAACUCCUCUCUCAAUGAAGAGUCCAUUAUGAAGCGUUCUCGAACCUCCUCCAUCAGCUCUGUAAGCGGUGCUCCUGUUCCCAGCGGGGUGCCUGGAUCUGUCCGAAAUCCCAUUCGCAGUUCCUACAGCUCCUCACAGGGUUAUCCACAGAGAAGAGCAGCAUCCAGUCUCAGUCUUUCUCCUUUCGCAAGCCCAGGAGGGUCUCGGUGUCAGACUCCAGAGAGAGCUGCCAAGAAAGCAAGGGAGGAAGAUGCUACUUCACCAAGUUCCACAUCCUUUGUGAAAAUAGAUAAGGUCACAACUGACCCAGCACCUGCUACAACUAAACUUACUCCAAAAUCUGAGGCACCUGUUGCAACAUCAACAUCAGACUCUGGAGGCAGCAGUGGGAAACGUAAACGCAAAAUCCAACUGGUCACUUCAAACAGAGGAGAUCAGAUUUCUUUGCCACCACCUCCUGAGCUUGGAUAUACGAUCACAGUGAAAGAUCUGGAUAUGGAAAAGAAAGCAGCACUCAGUCAGAUACAGAAGGUCCUGGAGGAACCUGAGCCAGAGAUCCCUCCUCCAGCAUCUGAACCCACCCCAGCUCCAGCUCCCUCUUUAACCCUGUUUUCCCAGCCUGUUCCAACCUCCUCAUUCGGGACUGCACCUGCUGUGAGUGCUGCGCCCGCUCUGGUUUCUCUCUCCACAUCUGUGCCUGAGACCACACCAGCCACUACUACAACUCCUGCUCCAACUAUUGACCUCACCAUCACUGCUCCCAGCACAGCCAGUACUGCACCCCUGACUCUCACCUUAGCCCCCUCCAUCACUACCACCACCCCAGCUGCCCCAGCUUCAAGCAUUUCAAACCCUCUGCUGGAGUCCCUGAAAAACAUGAAGAAUAAUCCUCUUCUCAAUGCUCCCACUAUGAUGGGCGCUCCCACUAUGAUGGCCACCACCACUGCGGCUCCAGCAGUGUCUGUGUCCAGUCUUUCUACACCUGCUGUUUCCACAAACGCAAGCAGUGGAGUUGUCAAAUCUGAGUCAGGCUUUGCCACUCUGCAGACCUCAUUCUCUGCCCCAUCCACCACAUCAACACCUGCUUCCAAGCCAGCCACCUCCAUGUCCUCUGCCUUCGCUCAGAUCUGCCAACCUCUUCAGCUCUCAUCAAGCACGCCAUCCCUGGGCGGAGGAGGCAGCCUGUUCAGUUUGAUCAAACCUGUGGCGACAUCUGCAUCUGAGCCCCCUAAAUCUACAGUUGCUGCACCUACAACCAUGGUCACUUCAGUCAACAGCAUUAGCAACCCCCUGUCGUCUUGCUUUAAGCCUAUUUUUGGUGCAGCAAGCACCACCCCUGCUUCCACAGCAGAGAUCAAACCCACCCAGCACACCUUCAAGCCUAUAUUUGGCAGUACCACAGGAAGUGGCAUUAGUGCCUUCGGGCAGACAGCCACACCGACGACAUCAACCCCUGCUGCACCGGCCUCACAGAGCAGUGGGAUGAUAUUUGGUGGACUAACCAGUACCCAGCCAACAAUGGUGUCUGCUGCUUCUGCAGCCCCAGCCACACAGACUCCAUCCCAGUCUCUGUUUGGAAGCUGGACCGCAACAACCACAUCCGCUCCUGCCACAAACACCACGUUCCAGUUUGGAGCUGCAUCGACCACAACGGCCGCCCCUGUGUUAAACACCAACACAGCUAGUGCCAGUGGCACGACCUCUGCUUUUCAGUUUGGCGGACCAAAACCUGCGCCCACCCAGCAGGCACAAAGCACGUUCACAUUUGGACAGCUGUCCGCGAAUCAGAACUCCACAUCUGCUCCGUUUGGUGGGUUCGGCAUGACCAGCAAUGCCACCACGUCCUCUGUGGCAUCCACAACGCAAACCACUUUUGGGAGCUCAACAUUCACCGCAUCGUCAACCUUCCCAGGAUCCACACAGCAGGCCCCUGCUGUUCCAAAGCCUUUCACGUUUGGGUCCAGUGGUGGAAGUAGCGGUGCAUCACCAUUUGCGUUUGGAGCCGCUGCCAGCACAGCAGCGCCUGCAUUUGGGACUAACAGUCAGCCUACAUUCGGAGCAGCAUCAUCUGGCUUCUCUUUUGGAAACACCACCACCCCUUCUGCGGCUCCCGUCUUUGGGGCCUCCACACAGACUGUGGCCUCUCUUCCUGCCCCAGCUCCUACGUUCAGCUUCGGAGGCACAUCAACAGCCACUCAGAACACUGCACCGAGUACUCCGGCGCCUCCUGCCUCUGGAGGAUUUAACUUUGGGGCCUCACUCUCAGCAACACCAUUUGGAACCCCUGCGCCUGCAGCUCAGACACCAGGGUUUCCCUUUGGAGCCAACAACACUGAUAACAAGCCUGCUUUUGGAACAUCAACUCCUGCUUUUGGUCAGGCACCUGCAGCAAUGCAGAUGCCGUUCGGCAGUCCUGGAACCCCAGGAUUUGGAGCAAUGGGCGCCUCCCCGUUUGGUGCUUCACCAGCUACCUUUUCUAUCGGAACGGGAUCCAAGACCUCUGGGGCUCGUCGGGGUUUACAAGCCCGUAGGCAGCACCCGAGGAAGAAGUAACGUGGCUGAUGUGAGUCCUGUCCCUUUCAUUUCUGUCAUCUGGACUCUGUUACUACUCCUCCGGCUGUCCCACCUGCCCCAGACACUGCUGCUGCUACUGCUGCUGGUCCAAACACAACAAGGCUGUCAGUCAGACCUCAUCUCUACAACCCUCCAGACUGCCAGGGCUGGUCAGGCGUGUAGGAUCAAGGCUCAGGGGGCGUAGAUUUUAGAGUACCGGGCGGCCCCAUCUCUGCUGUUGGGUGCGCCCACCGAGACUCAUCACAACCUCGCUAAUGGAGUCUGUAAAUGUCUGAUGAGGACGUCUGGUGUUGGGGAAGGAUGGCGAACAGGAGCGAAUUAUACUUGAAAGAAAAAGAGACUUUCAAAUCUGGACUCUCACAUGAAUUUCAGUCCAGGCCUGUUGAAAGAAACAGAAUCUUAUUUUUGACUUCUGUUUUUGGUAGAGUGAUCAGAUGCUCUUUAUUUUAGAUCCAGUGAAUAUUUCCCUUCUUUUUUUUUUUUUCUUUUUGCAAUUAGCAUACAUUUGUUGUUCCAUCAUGCUUAGCAGAAUCGUCUCAAUUUUUUGUUAAGCCUUCAAAACGUGAAUAUUUUACCUGUUCCAUUUAAAAAAAUGCUCUUUGUUUUGCCUGAGUGAGAUGCAUAAUAAACCACUUAAUUUUACAGAUUUUUCUGCACGUUCCUUUUAAGAAAAGCACCGUUUACAGAAAGAUCUAGUCUGUUUUCCUGCAUAUGUUGAACCUCUGUCUGUUUAAAACCAAAGCUAAUGCUUUUCAGUGUGACUGGUCCUCUCGCCAUCACACCAUUGGCCGUUUUACUACCUCUCCAUUUUAAACGUGCAUCUGUGUCCCAGUUUAAUUGGUUACUGCCUCAUUCGAAUUACUGUUAAUUAUACUCUUAAAGUUGGCACUUAACGCAAACAUGUAGGCAAAACCACAUGAUAUUUGUUGCAUCUGCCAUCAGUGUGUUUGGCUGUCAGGCACUGGAUGUUGCUCUCAUAACGGUCUCAUUUUAUUUCCGUUAUAAUUUUUUUAACCCUUUCAUUGCUUGUGUGCCUUAGUGUGUUUUUUGCUUCUGGUUACAUAUUAUGGAUGAUGUUGGAUUUGUACUCUGAGACACGGGUGCCUGUUUUCGUAAUGAUGUGUAAGAGUGAUUUAGAUGAUUUCAAAGAAUAUGAUCUCAAGUUCAAUUAUUUUUGAUUACUGACUAAAGAGAUUUGGUCCAACUUCAAACUCUGUAGAAGCGUAGCUUUGAGUGAAAGUGUGCAACAUAUUUGCGUUCACAUAUGCUUUGGAAAUAAACAUGUGACUGGGUGAUCAAUUCAAAUAAGUGCAAAAAAUAAAAUUGAAAGUGCCCCUAAAAACGUGUCAAUUUCAGGAAUGUAGAGAAUGUGACGUUUGCAUUGCUGAAUGUUGGUUUAAAAACAAUUUUGCUCAUUCACAUUCGGAUUUGACCUAGAGAGGCUUAAAUGCUAUUUAUAUUUAACUUUUUCUCAUGUCAUUUUUUUUUUUUUUUUUUUUUUUUUUAAAUGUGCAUGUACACCAUUUCUGAAUUUUGUAUGAAUCAUUCCUGGCUUUGUAUGAAUCCUAUGGUUUGUGCAUGCUUGUGAUGUUUAAGAUAUAGCAAAUAUUCAACCUGCGUUUGAAUGGCAUGUCUUAAGAACGUUCCCGAAUCAGCAUCCGUUGGGAAAUGCAGUCAAGACAUUACGUAGACCGUCGAUACCCUUAGAGUUUAAGUCUUAACACAUUCUCAGGUCUGUUAAGUGAAAGAGCUGUGUAGUAUGAUUUUAUGUUUUCAGUCAAUAUACAAUGUUGUAUAUUCACAAAACACUGGAUUUAAUUAGUAUUUCAAUGCACAAAUACGGAAGCACAAAAACCAUUGAUUUCUAGAGGUUUAUUGUAUUUUUGUUCACCCCCAUAGAAUUUUUUGACCUGAAAAAUCCACUUAAGUAGGGACGGCGAGUGUUUUUACAACGACGUAGCCAUCCCAGUCCCCCUUUGCAUGCCAUUCCUCAUGUAGGUUAACAUAAUUUCUAAUCACAUUUUUGAAGUAUUCUCAUGUCCAGACUGAUGCAAAGAGGCAUGGGACCAGGCUUUCUGUUUAUUAGAAAGCCGUACCAAAUACAAGUGAGACGUGUAGACUGUGUUGAGAAAAUGAGAUGUGCAUUGAGAUGAGAGCUGGAUAUCUCAAGCUGUGAAUGUUUGAGGGCUGUUGUACGUAGUUGUAUGUUUUUCAGACAAUGCUAUAAGCGAAUGCUCACAGUUUGUGUGUAAAUGACCAUUCCCACUAACCCUCAAAGCGUGAGUGGAGUUCUGAAUGAAGCGGCACACAGAUUGUGUUGUGUCUGCUUAAAUGCUCUGAUAAUGACAUGCUGGUUUUGAAUAAAAAUGGAAAGUUGA